UCUUCACAGUCUGAAAACCCUCUUCUUGUUCAGGGUUUUCUCGCAGCAAUGGUAUUUCAGAACUGAAAUUGGAGGGACAACCCAUUCUUAUUGUGGCAGAAAGUGAUACAUGGAGGCAUGGAGCAAAGUGUGAUGCAUGAUGGCAUCAGUGAGCUGGGUUCAAGACGGCAAGACUGGCUAGAGUUGUUAUAGUGAACUCCUCAACCUUCUACGAUGGCUUAUGCUUUCAUAUACAGUUUGAUCUUCCUACUUUACCUUCGUUGUUUCAUUGCCAAUUGCAUACCUACCAAUCAUGACAACAGGAUAGACAGCAAAACUUUGUUUGUUGGGGAAGAACUACUCCAGGAAACAUUACCCUUACAAAUGGGAUCACGCCUUUACCUUUUAAGUGGGCUCAAACCAUCCAGCUGGUACGAAGUGAAGAUAUCAUAUCCAGCUUCUAUACCCUCUAGCUUCUCUAUUCAACUGAAGAGAGGGAAAUCGGAUCAUGAGUUCAACUGGAACAGGAGACUACUCAAUACUGAGAAACUGAUUUUCAAGGCUGAUUCUCUUGAUUUGAAUACUUAUAAGGCUGGAACUUAUGUCCUUGUAACUGUGGAGUCUGCUGGGAUUGUUGCAUUGCCACAUGCACAGGAGAGACAGUUUGUCAUUUUUAAUAUUGUUUGUGAUGAACUAUUACUUGGUAUUCCUCACAAAGCUUGGUGGGUUGGAGUGUUAGUGUUCCUAUGUUUGGGAUUGGCAUUAAUUAUUCCGAAUAUUCUUCCAGAACACCUACUGCAGAAGAGACUAAGCUUACAAUCACGUAAAUCAAAUUUUUUGUAAGGAUUCAUUAAUUUGAUUUUGUUUCAUUGUUUUCACCUGCUAAUGGAUGGACAGAAAAUAUUGAUCAUUUGGGUGAUUGAAUCCUUAGAUGGACUCAUAAAAAACAGAAAUUUGCUUUGAUUUGUAAGAUUUAUUUGGAGAAAUUAAAUGCCUUAUUCAGUUGCUUUGC